CACCUGCCCUGUCACCGACUGGCAGCCACCUGCGCCCAGCGGUCCGCCACCAGCCCGUGUGCCGCCUCCCGGGCCUGCCCGCCAUGAGGGGCGCACACCCCCUGAUCCUUUUCUCCCUGGCUGCCCUUUGCGGGAGCGGGGACUGCCGCAUGGCCAACGCCGAGGAGAAGCUCAUGGAUGACCUUCUGGACAAAACCCGCUACAGCAACCUGAUCCGCCCGGCCACCAACUCCUCGCAGCUCAUCUCCAUCCAGCUGCAGCUCUCACUGGCGCAGCUCAUCAGCGUGAACGAGAGAGAGCAGAUCAUGACCACCAACGUCUGGCUGAAGCAGGAAUGGAUCGACAACCGCCUGGCCUGGAACAGCUCCCGCUACGAGGGCGUGAACAUCCUGCGGAUCCCCGCGAAGCGCAUCUGGCUGCCUGACAUCGUGCUGUACAACAAUGCUGACGGGACCUACGAGGUGUCUCUCUACACCAACGUGGUGGUCCGCUCCAACGGCAGCAUCAUGUGGCUACCCCCGGCCAUCUGCAAGAGUGCCUGCAAGAUCGAGGUGAAGCACUUCCCCUUCGACCAGCAGAACUGCAGCCUCAAGUUCCGCUCCUGGACCUACGACCGCACAGAGAUUGACAUGGUGCUGAAGUCGCCCACAGCCAGCAUGGACGACUUCACCUCCAGUGGCGAGUGGGACAUAGUGGCCCUCCCGGGUCGGAGGACAGUGAACCCGCAGGACCCCAGCUAUGUGGACGUGACGUACGACUUCAUCAUCCGGCGCAAGCCCCUCUUCUACACCAUCAACGUCAUCAUCCCCUGUGUGCUCAUCACCUCCCUGGCCAUCCUUGUCUUCUACCUGCCAUCCGACUGCGGUGAGAAGAUGACGCUGUGCAUCUCAGUGCUGCUGGCGCUCACUGUCUUUCUGCUGCUCAUCUCCAAGAUCGUGCCACCCACCUCCCUGGACGUGCCCCUCAUCGGCAAGUACCUCAUGUUCACCAUGGUGCUGGUCACCUUCUCCAUCGUCACCAGCGUGUGCGUGCUCAAUGUGCACCACCGCUCGCCCAGCACACACACCAUGGCGCCCUGGGUCAGGCGCUGCUUCCUGCACCAGCUGCCCACCUUCCUCUUCAUGAAGCGCCCUGACAGCAAACCCCAAAGGGCCCCCCCGCCCAGCCAGUCUCGCCUGUCCCAGUCUGAGGCCACCACCACCACCACCACUGCCACAGGCCCUGCCAGCUCCUCCAACCUCUACGGGAGCUCCAUGUACUUUGUGAGUCCUGCCUCCGCGGCUCCCAAGUCCCCAUCCGGCUCCAACUUGGUGAGGACCCCCAGGGAUUUCCAGCUGAGGCCUACUGGGAGGUUCCAGCAGGAGGUGCAGGAGGCGUUGGAAGGCAUCAGCUUCAUUGCCCAGCACAUGAAGAGUGAUGAUCAGGACCAGAGUGUCGUGGAGGACUGGAAAUAUGUGGCCGUGGUGGUGGACCGGCUGUUCCUGUGGGUGUUCGUGGUUGUGUGCGUGCUGGGCACUGUGGGCCUUUUCCUACCUCCCCUCUUCCAGACUCACACACCCUCCGGGGGGCCCUAAGCUGCCUUGCAGGCUCCAGAGCUCCCGGUUAUGGGGCAAGAUGAUGUGAGCAGCCAAGUGGGCAGUUUGCUGUUUCCUUCUGGGUCACAGCUGCUGAGGGUGUACGUGAGUACAACACCAUAACCCGUCAAUGCAUCCAACAGCCAUGGCCUGGGAAGGGCAAGGACUGGGGUCUGGACUGGCCUCUGUGAAGGCCUCGCAGGAAGCCAGGAAACCCCAGCUGGAGGGGCUUUAGGCAGAUUAGUUCUAGCCAGUCCCCCUUCCUUCCCUGCGUCAGGAUAAGGACAGGCUUAACAGCAGCAUCUACUACGUGCCAGUCAUCUUACCUCACAUUUUGUCUCCCUUCACUCCCCCUGGUCCCCCAGGCUCUCUGGCCUUCAGUCUCUCACACACUUCAGCAUCCUCCCCAGCUCUAAGCCUGUGCAUUUACAGCACCUUCUACCCAGCACCUCCCCGCCCCCCCCCGGGCAUGGAAUCUGCCACCUUCUUCAAGGGCUCCUCAGUUCCUCAGUUUCUGAUCUGCUGGCGUGUUUAUGGUCCACAUCUACACACUAGAGCGAGAGCUCUGUGAGAACAGGGACCUGGUCCUUCCUGU